CAGAAUAUUCAAAUGAAAUACUUACCAUUGAAUCACAAUCCAAACGAAGGAAAACAAUAGAUACAAAACGUAGAACUACUAAAAAUGAAACAGCAAUUCUUUAUGCAUUGAAAGUAUAUAAAAAUAACCUUUCAGAUGAUGCCGUUGCUUCUGUUUGUGAAAGAUUAUCAGAAGUCUGGAUUGUAAAAAAGGUACGAGAAUAG